CGGUCCAGUCCCGAUCAUCCCCUAUUCUCCCCGUUUUCUUCUCUCUAUCGCGACUCAAUCUGCCCUCAGGCCGUCGUCUCCCGAAGAUUUCGCUGGAGUCUUCCGGGCGGAGGGGGUUGAGGCGAGGGUUGAGGCGGUCCGGGAGAUACGUGGCACAGUUUACGCGUCCCACAGGAUAGGGGACAACAGCGUACUUCCCGAGUGGUCGUCUGGCUACUUCACGCAGCGAUGGACUUUAAUCGCGGCCGCUCCGCUAGCUGGACCUAAGUCGCUGGAUGUUUACCGAGUUCCGGGGAAUCCCGUGAUUGGUGUCCCGGGGAAGAUCCCCUAGACGGAAUGCCGGCGGAAGUUGCGACCGGACGCGUGAUCGGUAUAAUAAGCAGGUCGUAAUUGGACCGAACGACGGGGAAGGACGAGAUAGCUGGUUUUGAUGGUUGUAUGUUUUGGGGAUUCUUGGGUGAUUGAUUCUGAUUGCUCUACCUUGCCACUUCGAUGGGUUUGUUGAACUAUGGAUGGAUGGUUGUGUUGAUUGAUGAGUGAAGGAUUUAUCAGAAGCUGUGCGGGAAGUCUUUGUUUUCUUGGUAAACACGAUCGAGUGGCUAAUGACUCAGUGAGGAUUUUUGAGGGCUGAAGGUGAGUCUUCUUUUGGAAGACUUGAUAUUAUCGGACACUGUGAACUCGCCGGUGCUGCAUAUGCAUGAGGUUUUUAUCUGGACUGAUCUCACCGAGUGUGUUAAGUGAGAUUCGAUGUUUUUCGGCUACGAGGGUGCGAAGGGAAGGGUUGAGCGAUGAGCUUCCGCGAGGAAAUUCGAAGGAAAAACCGCGGAUGAACGGGCGAGGAUCCCAUGAUUAAGUCAGCCCGAUCUGCAUCAGCUGUCACGGGCUACGCGGAUUAAUUACUGAUAAUAAAAGUCAGGGCUGGAACGGUUUUAUCUGGAGAAUCGAUUAAAUCGCUCAGCUACGCAGUGUUUUCUCCUUUAAUUGAAAAAUUAACAUCUUUGUGACACCAAGAGAAACUUAAAGGAUGUUCGCAAGAGACUUUUUAACGACAAAGACGACUAUAGUGAGAAGUUUGUUGUAUGUUGUGCGGGACUAGGAGAAUUGUGUGCGAGUGACAGUCCGACGGCCGGAACAGUGCGGCGAUUCGGGAACCACUGCGUUUGUGGAACCUUUAGGCCUGGCACGAUGUUCAAAAACCGACGGGUAGCACACAGCCGCUGUUCCCGACAUCGUGCACAGACGAAAAUUGAACUGACGGGAGCGCCUCCUGGAAUUCAGCCAAAGGUAACCCGGUCGGGCGGCCAUCUUGUCGGGAACCAGCACGAAUCGACGCCGGCGGCCGGCGUACGCUAAACGGCUGCCUUAAAGGCCGGCCCGCCUGCUGCUGCGUGCGCGUUAUUUUCCCUCGAAAAUGUCUGCAGCCGCGCGCGGAGCUAAGAAUCUUUCGCCGAGAUCCAGGUCGCGUUUGAAGGAACGCUUUCAGAGGUCGGAUUGACUCGGGAACGAUCUUUAAUUUUCAAUGGGCCGCCUGCUCGGGCUGCCGGUGAAUCGCGUCGUCGGCGACGCAGGCGGGGAAGAGGGCGAAGAUCAGCUCGGAUCACGGUAACGAAACUACUGAAGUAUCAAAGGGACAGAGGAACAGAUACUGAGAGCAACGGAUAAGAUGGAGUUAAAUGAAACGAUGGAUGCUGAUCUCGAGAACACGACGGAGCUGUCGAACAUAUCGAAAGUGCUGAUCGACACGGGACAAAGGAACCAGUCGGAUGUCUACGACAAUAGCCACGAGUUCGAGCAAGUACUGAUGCUGAUACUGAAGGCUACGGUAAUGGGCUUCAUCAUCCUCAGCGCGUUGUUCGGCAAUCUCCUGGUGAUCGUGUCCGUGAUGAGGCACCGGAAACUGCGAGUGAUCACCAACUAUUUCGUGGUCUCUUUGGCGCUGGCCGACAUGCUGGUUGCGAUCUUCGCGAUGACCUUUAACGCCUCGGUCGAGCUGUCCGGCAGGUGGCUCUUCGGUUACUUCAUGUGCGACGUGUGGAAUUCGUUGGACGUGUUCUUCAGCACGGUCUCCAUUCUGCAUCUGUGCUGCAUCAGCGUGGACCGUUACUACGCGAUCGUGCAACCGUUGGACUAUCCGCUGAUCAUGACCAACAUAAGGCUGAGCACGAUGCUGAGCGUAGUGUGGUGCUCGCCGACGGUGAUGAGCUUCGUGCCGAUAUUCGCCGGAUGGUACACCACCGAGGAGCACCUGGAGUACCGCAGGAGCUACCCGGACGUCUGUGUGUUCCAGGUGAACAAACUGUACGCGGUGAUCAGCUCUAGUGUUAGCUUCUGGGUGCCCGGGAUCAUCAUGAUCGCCAUGUACUAUAAAAUCUAUCGGGAGGCCGAUCGUCAGGAACGCAUGCUGUACCGGAGCAAGGUGGCGGCGGCGCUUUUGAACAAACAUCUUCAGAUCAACGGCAUUUCUGCUGGUCUGACGUCGUUGCCGACGGUGGAUCAGUCCUCGCCGGAUCCACAGCCGGAGGAUCCACCGAUCGCGAGCAGCAGUAAAAUGAGGAGGGAACGAAAGGCUGCCAGGACUCUGGGAAUCAUCAUGUCUGCGUUUCUGGCUUGUUGGCUCCCCUUCUUUCUUUGGUAUAUCAUCACAUCACUAUGCGACACCUGCGAGAGCAGCGAUGCGGUGGUAGCCGUGGUUUUCUGGGUAGGCUACUUCAACAGCGCGCUGAAUCCGUUAAUCUACGCGUACUUCAACCGGGACUUCCGCGCUGCGUUCAAGAAGACGCUGGAGAGCUGUUGCGUAGCGAUAGGCCCGGUACGGGAUCUGCAUCAGGUGCACAGGAAGCAGGACCUGGUGCACAGCAACGCGUCCUCGGAGCUGCACGUGAACAACCAGCUGAGGACUAGUGAGAUGACCAACGUGCAUAUCGAGGCAUGCAUCUGAAUCAUCAUACCUCGUAGAGGACUAUUCGAUCAUGGACGCUGAGCGUCUUAUAUCAACCGGGACAAUCGUCGAAUCAACAACUGUUAACUUUUCAUUCGUGUAUAGUAGUCACUCCUGGUGGGCGAGAGUAGUCCAAUUGUGUGUCUGAUGGUCAGUGUGUCCGAGUAUCCGAAUGUAUUCGACGAGUUACGUGUACUUAGCGGUCGCGGUGCGAGUCGGCUCAUUAAUUAGGAUUCACUUGACUGUUCGACUGUUCGCGGGGCGCACGAGUGUCUGAAUCUUUGCUUUCGGAAAGCUUUCUUUUUCAACAUAAUUGUCAGUUGCUUCUUCGGAUACACUAUUGUGCCACCUUAUAAUCGAAAACCAUGGAUAUUAAGACAUUCUUACGCGUUUAUAGUUUACGAAGACUCAAAGAUUUUGUAUUUUUAUAUUUUCAACUUUUUCGCCUUUCUUCGGUACAUUCCAAGGAAAGUUGAAAGGUUUUAACACGCCUGAAACUUACCACGUUGAUUGCUAAGUUAUUGUACCCGUUCAAUCCAUCAGAAUUUAAAGUUGUUCGACUGCAAAGUCACCAAAGAUAACAUGUUGCUGCGAUAAUGGACUCUCUAAGUAAUCUGCAAACUUCGAAACAAGAUAAAUCAGAAGCGAAAGGGUCAAUGUAGCAAUAACAAGAUGGACUACUAGGUAUCGUGGACAUGAAUAAAUCAUCUAUCCAAACAUAUCGCGCCCAGAAUUCCCUAGCAGUCAAUAUCCAUUAAUUUCUCAAUUUUGAUCGAGUCAAGUAUAAGUCUGACGUAAAAGGAACCGUGGUCAAAAUUAUUCGGUAAUGUUGCAUUGAAAAAUUUACUUCGGGGGAAUUGCUUCACGGAGUAUACACGCUAUGUAUCCCUAUUUUUGAGGUUAGGUUACCUCCGAAAAAAUGGCGGCCGCACACGUGCGGCUGGCAUCGAUGUCGGCCCGGCCAAGUUACACGUUAUUAAAGGAGGAGGUUUAAUGCCCGAGGAAGCGUCUUGAAAGGAGGAAAUCUCGACGGCGCGGUCGACCUAUUUUAAGGGUUGAUGCCUGGCUGUUGCAGACUCUCCGUCUAUUUCUGCCGGGCCGCGUUUUAUCAAGCCUGCAAAUGAGGCGGCCGCCCCGCUGUCGGCCAGAUUGAUCAUCUGAUUUGAGUAAUAUUUUAAGAUUGCCUUGAUAACGUCGCCCCCGGAAAUUCGCGCUGCCCUCUUCAUUCCCGUUCCCCACAGGGGAACAGACGAAUCGGCGCCUGAAUGGAAAAAGCUCCGAGCGAUUGGUUGGGGAUAGCGCGAAAACAAUUGGCAGAAGCUCUAAAUGUAUCAACUUUUCUGGAACCUUUGUUUCAUGUUCUUUUCAAAAUUUGUAUGAAGUUCUAACAGAGAUUUAUUUCAUUCGUUUUUAAGACAAAGUAUGAAAAUAUAAAAACUAAUACAUUUGAUUCAUUUUUGAGAUAAAGAAUCAAAAUUGAAAAUAUAAAAAUAUAAUAAAGUAUUGAUUAAUAUAAUCAUUGAUCACUAGAUUUUUACUAAAUGUUACUAAAAAUUGAUCCACUGUUUCAAUUGUUCGAGUCCUAAUUCCGCGAGGAAUAAUCCUAAGCGUAAACCGCCAACGCGUCUGGAUGCGUCGUCAUUAAUUAAACUUUCAAUAACCCGGAACUCCGAAAGCGAACGUCACCGUAUUUCCAGGAAAACGUUGCCGUUUAAUUGACUAAAUAAAGCAAAAGCGGCUGGCCUGGUCUAGGACACACGGUUCGCUUAAUUAAAGGCUGAGAUCAACCGAAGGAUUUGCCUCGUAGAGGAAUGAGUCCUGGACUGAUGAAUCUACCCGUCUAUACAGAGUUUAUUAACAAAGUGUCACACUUUUGUGACGACUUUUUUAUUCCGCGUAUAAAAGGAGAAGGUAAUUUCAUGGAAAUUUUGAUUGCGAUUCAGAAGAUUGAGGAAUCUUGCGUAUUAAACAUUUCAGGGACUCCUUAACCUCUUCCGCCGGAAAAACUUUUUGUUCGAAAAUUGUCAAUAACGUCUUAUACACAUCGAUGGUCUUAUUGCGUUACACAUACUAGAUUGUUUUCAAAUGCAUCAUUCUAUACAAAAUUAUUAAUAAACGAAAAUCUCUGAAUUAAUUUCCAUCGCAAGAGAUUAGAAAAGAUACGUUGCAUUCGACGAAAGAUUAUCAUUGUUGAAAUUGUUACCGAGUCGGCGGCAGCGAACGUGUUAAAGUCAGACAAGGAGGAGUCGAGUGAAACUAGGUCUCAGGAUUCGUGGAAAGUGUACCGCAAGCUGCCAGCGACAUGAAAAUUUCACCGCAAGCGUGGAAGUACAACGUGGGUCGAGGUCCACGUUGAUAAGAGGAAUUAAAGGAUAAAUGAAUAUCCAACGCGAAGGCAGUACAGAUUACUUCGAAUCUAUGUGGGCUGGACUGGCGCGAUUUGACUAAUGGUAGAACGAUAAAGCGUAGAUCUACUGGUGAACGCUGCCAGUUCGAUAAGCGGCGGUGGCCGUGGUCAGCGAGGUACGCCGCCAUUUUGGUGACUAAUGGAAUCGAAGUGGGUUCUUGUCGCGGCAGUUGGCGAUCGAAUUAUUGGUAAAGCGAAGCGAAAUUUUGGUUCAUUCAACAGUUCAUUAACAAAUUAUGUUCAUUACCUAGAUUCCCAAAAUACGAGUGACAAUAAUUCAUUUCAGACGUUGCAGCUUCAAUCAAUAAUAAGUUAAAAAAUACCGAUCAUACAAAUUUUAUAAACUCUCACAUAUAUUUUAUUAUAUCUCUAAAUAUUUUACAAAUGCACGAAUAAUCUCGAUAAACAACUGCUGUAUAUUUUCUUCUAAAAAUAAUUUAUUCAGCUCCAAUAUUUCAAUAUCCUAUUGUUUCUGUAGUAUACACUAAAAACUGAAACCCAGUGAAACUAUUUCAUCAAUUAAUGCAUCGAUAACGACCUUACACAAGUACAUGUGUACCCGAAGGUCUCUUACAAAUCGCGGAAGAUGGAAUGUACUCGGAACUGAUUUAAAUGAGAAAUGAGUAUGUUCGUCUCGAACGUUUAAUAGAAUUUCCUGCAUAAUCGAGUUUAUUGUCGCAACGGAAUUUCUCUGUUCCACGAAAAGCGAACGGAACGUGCACGACGCGCCGGCACGAAGAAAAGGAUGGGUGUUCUGAAAAAUCGUCGGCCAGGAAGAAAGACAAGGCACUUUCUUUCAAUAUAUAUCACGAAGCUUUUAAGAGCCCGCACGUAUGACGACUUUAGAAAUUUUAGAAACCACUCGGGAACGUACAUACCUCCGACGUUUUCUUGGAGCAUCGCGGAAAAGCCGGGAAACGGUUUCUUUUUUUGACGAAUGAAGAAAAGUUAUUGCUGCCAGACGAAAAUUUAUAUACGGCCCGCGCGAAUACCACGAUAAAUUUUUCACGGGCUGCGUACAACAAUAUAGUUGAUCCUCGACGAGGCCAUGCAAGUAUCUAGACACUGCAGAUGAAAAAUCUCCGUUGCUGAAAGUUCCGGGCAUUUUUCUUGAAGAGCACUUGAGGCGAUUCUCUUCAAACAAGAAUUAUUUGUUUUCGUAAAUAACCUUUUUGUCGAUAAGACUUCUUUUCUCGUAUCUUCUUCGAAGUGUCUUCAAAUUGAUGAUUAAAUUGUUUAGAAGUUAAAUUACUUUCUUUAAUGCUUAUAAUAUUUACAAUUCACUUGAGACAUUAAUGGAAUGAACGAAAACGAAAUUAAUUUUGAGAAAUAUCGUUCGAGAUUGAAACGAUAAAGGCCUGGGAAUCUCAUAAUGAAGAAGAGAUGAUAAAACAAUCACGAAAGAACAUCUGCCAUUUAUUUACCGCUCACCUACGAUUUCUUCAAAUUUCUUAAAAACUUUCUCGCAAAUCUUUUAAAAAUUACAAAAGGAAACAAUCAUUUAAACAUAUAAUUAACAUUAUAUUACAAAUUUCUCAAUCUGAACAACCUGAAAUUGCUCCAGAUCAAUUCUAUUUAUUUUCAAAACGAAACUUCAAAUUCUACCAUAAAAGACAAAAGUUAAUUACACACGGAGCCACUCGAAAAAUUAAAUGACUUAAAAAUUAUUUAACAUUGCCUUUUAGUUCGCACGGAUUCAAACGCGUGAGCCUCGAUCGAUAGAGAACGUGAUCGUACGACGUGUGCCUCGUUCCGAACGUAAAUAUCAACAGCUGCUCGUAAACAAUUAUCGCGCGUGUUCGAUUCGGGCCAAGUGAAAAAUUAGAUUGGCUCGGAGCCGUGGUACCUGGACCGAGAUUUUCGCUCGGGAAAAUCCAACUUCGCGGCGGAUGGAGAGACUCUGCUGGGUAAACAGCGAGUACUUUCGAGAAUUCGCUGAUUUACGGACGGGGAAGAGAUGGCCAGGCAAGGAUUAAACCGGCGGACUGGCCGAUUCAUCACAAUCAGCGCCAUUACGGACACGCGCGCGAGUGCUGGCUCUGCUGGCUUCUAGUUCGUCGACGAACCAUGCCAACUCUGUCCAAGUUUACCGCGCGUUUCACGGAAAAACGAGUUUCGAAAGCGUCGGAGGGCAAUGGGACCUCCUUCUGAACCGGAUGAGCCUGAACGGCGACCUUUCCCUUUAAUUAAUCCCACGCUCGAGUUCACCGGGUUUUUUGCACGCCUCAUUGACCCCUGCUAAUAUCUAAUAUCGAAUUUCGGUCAUGGCCUUUUGCAGCCCUCGCUAAUUUGGAAAGUUAUUCCAUAAAUUUCGUUGUGAAUUUCUGUGAUUUUUGAAGGCUGUAUAGAAUUUUAGAUUUUUUUUUGUAGCUUUUUGACGGAUUUGAUGUUCUUGAUAAUUUAGAAAGUUAUUCCGUAAAUUUCGUUGUGAAUUUCGGUAAUUAUUGAAGUUUAUACCAAAUUUUAGAUUUUUAUUGCGCCUUUUUGACGGAUUUGGUUUCCCUGCUGAUUUAGAAAGUUCCAAAUAUGUUUCGAAAGGCACUCAUUUCUUCUAUAGUUGUUACUUUUUCUUUGAUCUGAUAAAUGUAACACGAAUCAAUCAAAAUAUUCAUUAAGAUCAAAAUAUUAUUGAUCUUCCUUGUGAUUAAAUAUUUUUGAAUUUCACUUGUGGGUACUCUACAUCAUUCGAAUAAAUGCAAGAAUUCUUCAUGUCCACGAUUCAUCCUGAAACCCAUAAUGUAUGUAUAUUCCGAUGAAUUCGAGAUGAAUUACUCCGUAUUGUUUGACGAACAGAAACCUAUUUGAUCAGACUCGUAACCCUGUGAACCGAUCUCCACGCAUUUCGCAGCAGUCUUUUAAUAUUUCACAUAUAUUUCGUGGCGCGAGGACGCGUGCUCGGAUUCGUGGAAAUCAGUACAGUUCAGCGAUGCAACUUCGAAUGCAGAACAAUCAUUAAAGUGUAAGUCUCGUGUAGCGAUUUUAUCGUCAUCCCCCAGCAAAAAAGAUAUAUAUAUAUAUACAUAUACAUAAAUAUAAAUAUAAUCUGUAAUUGUAUAUUUUACAAGACGUUUCGCCUAAAUUCAUCGCCUAAGAUAUCAAAGGGUCAGGUGUACCAAUGAAUAAUUCAUUAUAUUUUUUAAUGAACUAACAUUAAUAUGAUAUUUUUAAUUGGACCGUUAACUAUAGCACAAGGUGAAGCAAGAAGCGAUACUAUGUUUCCGUGUUCCUCAGACACAAACGUUGAAUUUUAGAAAAAGAAAGUUGGCUAUUCAUUGGUACACCUAAUAUCGUAACGAGUACGUCAUAAUUUGUUUAUAACACCUGUAUAUUAUACAUUUGCUUGUGAUAGGUGUACAGUGUACAAUUUGUUUGUAAUAUAUGUAUAUUAUAAUUUCAAAGUUAUCGAAUUUCCGUUCGAAUUCGAAUGAUAUAUUUUAAUUGAAAAACGUUGCAGCCGAUAUAUUAAAGACGUCGAGUGUGUUUCGUGAACAAAAGAUUUGAAGCGAUAUGAAACAGAAAAGGAAAUUGAUCGAGUCUGUUUAAUAUCCUUUAAGUAAUAUCGCCGAUCGGACGCCAACGUUUCAGAGAGCAGUUUCCCAGUAAUUCUCGGAAACUUACGAGCACUUCGAAACGUCCUGAUAUUUCAUGAACCCCGUUCAGCGGUCACAGAUGUUCUCGUUCAGCGGAUCCUAAGUUAAGUUAAUAAAGAUUUUCGUUUCUAUUCAUCUCCCAUCAUUUCAUCUGCGGAAAUUAAUAGGUCGAGACACUUCUGAACACGUUCAACGAUGCAAUCUAUUUAUCAGUCAAUUAUUCGACGCUAGAAGCAUCGAAAUAAUCAAACUGAUUCCUUUCUAAAUUUUUCAGUUUAAGUAUCUGUUACAAUCAAAUCAGAAAUGUUUAUGAAUUUAUACCUGAUUUGAUCUUCUAAGGAAUUAUUUUAAAAUAUACAACACUUAAAAGUUUCGCGAUUUUCAUGUCACUUUAAUCGAUUAAUAGGAAUAUUAAUAAAGAAUAUAGUUCUGCUUUCGGUUUUUUAGAAAUCUUUAGGAAUUCACUUAUGGAAGAUCCGCAAUAAACUGCGCAAUCGAGUUAUCAAGAUGAAACCUCUGUAAAUAGUCGCUUUGACUUGUCGGUGGUUUUAACGUCGAUUGACCGGCGAUCCAAAGAUGCAACGUUGAACGUGAGAGGAUCGGUGUGCACCGCGAAGCUCCGAGAUUAUCGGGCUCCCCGUUUAACCGUUCGAUCGCCAAUUAAACCUGAUAAUUAAAGCCGAGACGUGAUUUUAUCGUCGCGAUGCGAUCACGCGGCGAGAAAGGGGCGAGCGAGUGUGUAUAGUAUUCAAAACGACAAUAGCGGUCGGGCGGACAAUUAUUUUAAAUAGUUCGCGUCGAAGGCGACGAGGGAAUUCGACUAACUAGACCGUCGUUAUGCGUAAUUGGCUGUCGUGCGUGAAAGAGGUCUGGAAGUUUGUGAUUAAUUGUGGGCGAGUGCGCGCGGGUCGUAAGGGCGCAAGAUGAAAUCCUGUUUUCCCGUAGCGACAGAUGAUGUUAUUGUACACAAGAAAUACAAACUAUGUAUACACAUUAUGUAUAAAUAUAUCGAUUGGUCGUUUGAAAAUGUGCCGAGCUAGUC